UGAUUUAAACUGGACUUUGGGCGGAGCGUGCGUGAUUUAAGCCGGACUCCGAGUGGAGCGUGCGUGAUUUAAACUGGACUUCGAGUAUAUCCAUGUCAUUUCACAGUGUUCAUGCAUCUAGGCAGCUCUGUCUAGGUCGGUAAUGAAUAUGGAUCUCGUAACAAACGAUGAAGCUCCUUCUUUUCUUCAGAUAAAAGGCGAUGACAAUAGUAUUUUAAAUGAACUGAACACAUACCGACAAUCAGGAAUAUUAUGCGACGUUAAAUUGAAAGUGGAUGGCCAAAGUUUUCCAGCGCAUAAAGCAGUUCUGGCGGCUAAUAGCCGGUUCUUUUUUGCCAUGUUCACAACGGAAAUGCUGGAAAAGGAUAAAACUAGUGCAAGUGUAAGCACUAUUACCGCUACUGCGAUGGAAAGCUUAUUAGAUUUCAUGUACACGGGACAGAUUCAAAUCCACGUCCAAAAUGUGUUCGAAUUGCUAGAAGCAUCAAGUUAUCUAUUGGUGGAAAAGGUAAAAGAAGCGUGUUGUCGAUUCCUACAGCGUAUACUGGACAUGGAAAACUGUCUUAUGGUUCUUUCUAUGGCCGACACUUUCUCGUGCAGUGGUCUAAUUCAAACAGUCACUCAAUACGUGAAUCGAGAGUUUAGUGAAGUUGCCAAGACGGAAUCAUUUCUGAAGCUAUCUAAAGAAGAGAUUAUCAAGUUCCUAUCCAGCGAUGAUAUAUCGAUUGAAAAUGAAGACCAACUUCUUGAAAUCGUCAUCCAUUGGAUAAGCUACGAUCCGGAAGUGAGGAAAGACUUUUGUGGUGAGUUAUUGAAGUUAGUUCGACUACCUUUCGUUUCUUUGUCACAACUGCAUGACUUACGACAUGAAAAAGAAUUGAAUGAUUUGAUUAUCCCAAGACUCGUGCCAACGUCCAAAGGAGCCACAUAUGCGAACGUAGCUGGCGAAAUUACUGCGAGAAAGUCAUGCCGAAGCAUGGAAGUGAUUGUGGUUGCUGGUGGAUGCGAUAAUUCAGCAAUCUUGAACAGUGUCUGUUGCUUUGUUCCAGUUGUUGGCAAGUGGGUGAAAUUGUCGGCCAUGAAACUGCCACGAUGGAGGCUUCAGCUGGUAACUUUACAGGACAAUAUUUUUGCCAUUGGGGGGCUUAGAGAUGUUUGCGUCAAAGAACCAGCGAUUCCAUUCAUAGAACGCUUCAGCGGUCAAAGCAACUCUUGGGAUGCAACCGAACAUCAACCUGCGGUGUGCGAUGUCGAGCUGGACUCUUUCUGUGCUGUGUCUACAAGUUCCAGUACUGUUCUUCUUGUUGGAGGCCUGGAUCCCAAAACUAGUAGAUGCACGUCUCAAGUCAGUUCUUUUGAGCUUAAAGAUAAAAUCUGGCUCAUCGAGCAACGAGAACCUUUGCUCUUUGCCAGGGCAGGUCACUGUUUAGUGUCUUCUGGAGACCGUGUGUAUGCUCUUGGUGGAUUUCAAGAACCAAACACUCUUGCUAUUCGUGAAGGAAUGCGAACUGUAGAAUGCUAUGAUCCAGCUAAAGAUGCUUGGACGUGCGUUCAACCCAUGACUGCAGGAAGACAGUUUUCUGCUGCGGUGACAUUGAAUGACGACAUCUUCAUCUUUGGCGGCUAUGACGGACAAAAAGUCCUUCGUUCUUGUGAGGUAUACAACGUAAAGCUUAACAGAUGGCAGCACAUUGCUCCGAUGCGUUAUUCGCGAAUGAAACAUUCUGCUGUGGCACACGAUGGUAAGAUCUAUGUCAUUGGAGGUGUGAGUAACAUCAGAAAAGGUUCUGAGAUCAGUUCGGUGGAAUGCUACAUUCCAGAGGAGAACCUUUGGAUAAGUGCGCCUGACAUGCCCGUUGGAAGAUUUGAUCAUCAAUGCUACUUUCCUAACGUUGGUUAUAAGUUCCUCGCUUCCGUCCUGGAAGAAUCUCAGUAAGGUCCAAAACCUCAGAAACUAACGCAAGGAUGAUGAAGUAACAGUCGUAUUUUUUAAUUCUCGUGGAAUGCGAUGAAAUCAAAGAGGGCUUCUCAAUUCAACAUGCAAAAAACUUAUUUGUACGAUCAAGAAGUAAACAAUUGUAUUUUUUUUAUUCUCGUGGAAUCGAUAGAAUCAAAGAGGGCUUCUCAAUUAAAAAUUUAAAAAAAAAGCUAAUCGCAAAUGCCUUACGGGUUUUAAGGCAACCCCCUGCAAUAUUCUUAACGCUGGAAUGGGUGUUUGUUGUCACUGCUCUUUUAUAAAAAGGCUUUCUUGUUCCUUCCAAUUACAACACUGAUGGAGACUUGAUUUGAUGAUAAAUCUUUGACGUAAUUCGAAAACGAAAAAGCAGGGAUCGAUUGAUGUUAUAUCCAGAUGAUAAGAGAUAAAUUAUGAGUAUGAUGUAGCGAAAAUAGGAAAACUAAUAUUAACCUUUUUUUUUUUUACCAACAACAAUGAACUUUAUUAAUGUUUUUACAAUUAAGAGAAGAACAUGUACAACUCGCAUAUAGCGUACACUAGUCGAGGCGACUUGUUCAGGGAGAAAAAAGAAAAAGAAUAGAAUAAGUCAAUUUGUAAACUUCAAAUAUCAGACUAUGAACUAAACGACAUACAAUAAUAUUUGUAAGUGGUAGGUCAUAUCUCACUUUAUCCGGCAUAGAAGCGGUAAUUUCAAUGAAAAGCGAUAUUUCUCAAAUGUGAAAAUGAUGGAAAGUUGUCCAAUAGGUCGCUUCAAGAGAAUAUAAACUAUUUAUAUUCUCUUGGUCACUAUCAACAUCAAUCAGUAACAAUGCUGCGCGAACAAGCCUGAAACGAACUGAAAAUGUAUUUUUGGUAGAACAGUAGCCUACUUGCAGGCGGAGGUGG